GUCUAUGGGGUUCCAGAUGACGGCCAGAGUCAGCCGAGUCCCGUCCACAUCAGCUCCCAGCCGACAAGGAAGCCCACCAAAGAGGACGUUCAGAAGGAGAUUACCUUCUUGAACAUCCAGCUGGACAGACACUGUAUGAAGGUUUCCAAAGUGGCUGACAGUCUCAUGUGCUACACAGAGCAGUUCAUGGAAUAUGACCCAUUCGUGUCGGCCAUAGAGCCCGCCAACCCCUGGAUCAGUGAUGACACUUCAUUCUGGGACUUGGAGGCGAGUCGUGACCCCAGCCAGCAGCGUGUGAAAAAAUGGGGCUUCUCUCUGGAGGAGGCGCUGAAAGAUCCGGCAGGACGAGACCAGUUCCUGAAGUUUCUCGAGUCAGAGUUCAGCUCAGAGAACCUGCGGUUCUGGUUAGCAGUGCAGGAUCUGAAGCGGCGGCCGCUCCAGGAAGUGUCCUCCAGGGCACAGGAGAUCUGGCAGGAGUUUCUGGCCGAGGGAGCGCCAAGUUCCAUCAACCUGGACUCUCACAGCUACGAGCGCACCAGCCAGAACCUCAAAGACCCUGGACGUUACAGCUACGAGGAUGCUCAGGAGCACAUAUUCAAGCUAAUGAAAAGUGACAGCUAUGCACGCUUUUUGCGAUCCAACAUCUACCAAGACCUCCUGUUAGCCAGAAAGAAG